GCGCCGCCGCCGCGCGCCCCGCCUUUGGCGCCCCCGGCGCCGUCGGCGCCGCCUUUGGCGCCAGUGCCACCGGUGCCACCGCUGCCACCGGCGUCUGGCGCUCAACCAGAGGAGGCCGAGCAAGUUCUCACGCGCCUCCGCGGGGCCGUCAAGCGCCACGGGGUGGCGCCCAUCCACCUCUUCCAGUGCUUGGACGUGUCGCGGCAGGGCAGCUUGGGACCCAAGGAGUUCUCGAGGCUGGCCUGGGCGCUGGAGCCCAACCUGGACUUCCAGGACCUGGCGAGGCUCUUCCAUCUACUGGGCGCCGAGAAGUCCCGCCUGUCGGCCGUUUGCUUCUGCCGCGCCCUGGGGGAGGAGCCCGAGGCUUUGUCGCCUUGUUCGAAGGCUUCAAAGGCGGCGGUGCCAAAGGUGCUGCGAAUAGCCGGGCCCUCGUGGCAGCAGCUGGGCCGCGACUUUGCGUGGGCCAAAGUGGCCGAAGCCGGCAGCGAUGAGGCGCUGAGGGCCUUCGUCCAGCGCUGGCGCCCCAAGAAGGCGCCCAAGGCCGCGAUUGCGCCGCCGCCGAAAUCCGCCGCGGGCGAGAAGCCAGCGGUAGGGCCCAAGGAGCCAAAGGAGCUCAGGGCCAGCGAGGCCCGGAGCCGCGCGAGCAGCUACAGCAGCGAGGACUUUGAGGGUUCCAACCAGAGCUACAGCGAGAGCUUCGCCAGUGAGACCGUGACGCUGAGGAAAUGAAACGCAAGCGCCUGCUUGCGCUGGGGCUGGUGAUUUGGAUCUGAGAGUGGUAUCGAUGUGCAGCCUCUAGGAAGCAUGCAGUAUGGAAGCCAGGC